CUCUCUACCACCACUAUAGCCAUUCGCACAUUAUUUUCACAUCCUCAGGCCAUAUCUGUCAUUUCUGCUCUGCUCCUGCUGGCAUGGGAGAGGCAUGAUUUUGUGCGACAUCACAUGUAAUUCUAUCCACCUGGGCCGCGACUCCCUCCACGACACAGAUCUCAAUCUUAACCUCAGCCACCUUUUAUCCACCCUCCUUGCCCACGAAGCCUCGCCGAAGCUCUUUCUGCAUGCGAUAGUCUGUCCAUAUCCGAGUUAUCCGGACUAGGACAAAGCAGAUAUAGAAGAGAGAAGGGGAAGCGAACAUCCCCUAACUUCCUACCAACGCCCCUGCCAAUUCAGCCCAGUUGCGCUCGAUGCACCUUCGGUGACAUACACCACCCUCCAAGGCCGUCCUUCAUCUGCUAUCUCUUGACUGAGCAUGGCAGACUAUGGUAGCCCCGAGUCUCGCUACCAUGCUUCCCGAGGCCAGGACUAUGGUGGCUCGGCCGAUCGUCACAGAGACGCCGCUUUCCACAACAUAUUCGGAGGGGCGCCGCCUCCAGGAAGAUCUCAGACAAUGACAACGCAGUCGUCCGGCAUAAUGUACGAUCGACUGAAUAGUAUGGGGUCUGGCAUGCCAUCCCAGCACACAAUGUCUGCGAGACACGGACCUCCUCCUCCCGUGCGGCAACCCCCUCAAACUUAUGAUCGAGCAAACGGCAUUGCUCCAGGCCAGCCGUAUAUGAAUGGAACAAACAGGCCCAUGCCUCAUAAUCCACCUCCUUCAUUUCCCGAUCGACGACCCUAUCCUCCUCCUCAGCGCAUCGAUCCUAGGCCGGGAGCGCCGCCAAUCAUGGCAAACCCAUACGAGCGCAAGCCGAUACCCAACCGCAUGCCACCACCAGCGCUCAACAACGAUGCGUACCGAUCGCGCUCCAUGGUUAGACCGGGAGAGCCGACAAUUGGGUACAGACCUCCUCCGACCAGUUUCCAGCAAGGCACAGCUAGCGCAUUCAGACAACAACCGUAUGCAGGAAUGGGUGCAUCCAGAACGACAGCACAAGGAAGACAUAUACCUGAAAGGCCUGAUGAUAGAGCAAUGUCAAUGGGCUCCUAUUCUUUCGAUCGUGAUCAUGCACAGCAGUUGACUAGUGGGAGAGUCGUGCCUGGACGUCGUCGAGAGACGGAUUCAAAUCCAUUCGCGGACCAAGUAUCCCCCAACGGAUCUUUCAAUUCGACAAGCUCACCGGCUUAUAUGCAAACGCAUCGGGCUCGGCGUCCUAGUGAGACCAGCGUUACUCCGCGCACAGUAUCCUCGGCCUCUGUCGCGUCAGGUUCGUCCGACAUGACAGGCACAACUAUAAAUGGCUCCCGUAGCGACAGCAUGAAGCAACGACCACCGCCGUCCAGCCAGUCCUCAAGUCAGACAACAACAGCGACUGUGGUUCAGCGGAAAUCGCCGCUGGUCUAUCCUGCUCUUCUGUCGCGCGUGGCUAGCGCUUUUCAAGAACGUAUUGGUGUCGGUGAUCGGGAGAAAAAUGACCUGUCCUACAAGAAUGCCUUUACAGGCGCGGAGGCCGUCGAUCUGAUCGCAUACAUUAUCAAGACAACGGACCGUAACCUGGCUCUUCUUCUAGGUCGCGCCCUUGAUGCGCAAAAGUUUUUCCAUGAUGUCACAUAUGAACACCGUCUGAGAGAUGCGCCUGGAGAGGUCUACCAGUUCAGAGAGACGAUGGGAGAGGAGGCAUCGUCCAAAGAUGUCAAUGGUGUCUUCACUCUGCUCACAGAAUGCUACUCCCCAACCUGCACAAGAGAUAACCUCUGCUAUUCCAUCGCGUGUCCGCGACGACUGGAACAACAAGCCCGGCUCAAUUUGAAACCACAGCCGGGCCUACGACAUUCGAAUUCAAGAGGCAGUCUACAUGGUGAUGAUGACCAGGAACAGAAGCUCUGGAUCAACAGUGUGCCGAAAGAGGUUGCCGAUAGAAUCGAUGACCGUGAAAAGAAGAGGCAAGAGGUCAUCUCUGAGAUCAUGUACACAGAGCGCGACUUCGUCAAGGACUUGGAAUACCUGCGCGAUUUCUGGAUAAGACCACUGCGCGGUUUGGGUAACGUCGUGUCCCCAAUCAAAGAAGAGAGACGGGAGAAGUUUGUGCGUACCGUCUUCGGCAAUUGCCUUGAGGUCCUCGCAGUCAAUGGCAAAUUUGCGGACGAGCUGUCCAAGCGGCAAAAGGAACAACAUGUGGUCCAGAGCAUCGGUGAUGUUUUCUUGAAGUGGGUUCCCCAAUUCGACCCUUUCAUCAAGUAUGGUGCGAAUCAGAUGUACGGCAAAUACGAGUUUGAGAAGGAGAAGGGGGCAAACCCAGCAUUCUCUAGGUUCGUCGAUGAGACUGAGAGACUCAAAGAGUCAAGAAAGCUUGAGCUUAAUGGGUAUCUGACAAAGCCGACGACGCGCCUGGCUCGAUAUCCACUACUUCUCGAUAACGUACUGAAAUACACCAAGGACGACAACCCUGACAAAAAAGACCUCCCUAAAGCUAUCGGGAUCAUCAGGGACUUCCUGGCACGCGUCAAUGCCGAAAGUGGCAAGGCAGAGAACCACUUCAACCUGCUGCAAUUGAAUCAGCAACUGAAAUGGAACCCAGGAGAAUACACGGAUUUGAAGCUCACCGAGGAAAAUCGUGUCAUCCUGACCAAGAUGAGCUUCAAGAAAACGCCGACCGACACUGCAGAAGUACAAGUCUAUUUGUUUGAUCAUGCCGUCUUGAUGUGCAGGGUCAAGACUGUGAAUAAAAGAGAAGAACUGCGUGUCUACAGGAAACCAAUCCCCUUGGAGCUUCUGGUCAUUGCUGAAAUGGAUCAAGUCAUUCCCCGCCUAGGAAUUGCAAAGCGUCCAUCGUCAAGUCUGAUCCCGGGGGCCAAAUCAUCCACGUCAAGCACUCCAGGCCAAAAGGAAGUGUAUCCAAUCACGUUUCGUCACCUUGGGAAGGGUGCGUACGAACUCCAGCUCUAUGCCACCUCCAUCACGCAACGUAAGAAGUUCAUUGAGUUGGUGGAAGAACAACAGAGCAAGCUUCGGGAACGCAGCAGCAACUUCUAUACCAAGGCAAUCCUCUGCGAAGGCUUCUUCAAUGCCCAAAACCGUGUCAACUGUCUUGUGCCUACCGAUGGUGGUAGAAAACUCAUCAUUGGCACUGACAAUGGAAUUUACAUCGCUGAUCGAUUUACCAAGGAUAAGUCCAUAAAGCCGAGGCGAAUCCUGGAUGCAACCCAGGUAUCCCAAAUCGACACGCUCGAAGAGUACAGACUACUUUUGGUCCUGUCAAAUAAGACACUGACUUCUUACCCUUUCGAAGCGCUCGACGCCAACAAUCAGAACCCACUGGCAACGCGACCUCGAAAGAUUCAGGGCCACGCCAAUUUUUUCAAAGCUGGAAUCGGCUUGGGUAGACAUUUGGUUUGCUCCGUCAAGACCUCAGCGCUGUCUACCACAAUCAAGGUCUACGAGCCAAUGGACGAUCUCACAAAGGGCAAGAAGAAACCUGCCAUCAGUAAAAUGUUUGCUAGUGGCCAAGAUGCUCUGAAGCCUUUCAAGGAAUUUUACAUCCCAGCCGAAUCGACAUCGGUCCACUACCUAAGGUCGACACUCUGCGUCGGCUGCGCCAGGGGCUUCGAAGUCGUGUCGUUGGAGACUACUGAGCGACAGUCACUUCUCGAUCAAGCCGAUACUUCUCUUGAUUUUGUGACAAGAAAGGAAAACGUCAAGCCCAUUCACAUCGAACGACUCAACGGGGAAUUCCUACUCAAUUAUUCAGACUUUAGCUUCUUCGUCAAUAGGAAUGGGUGGCGUGCUCGACAGGACUGGAAGAUUACCUGGGAAGGCACACCACAAGCCUUUGCGCUGAAUUACCCGUACAUUCUUGCAUUUGAGCCAAGCUUUAUCGAGAUCAGACAUAUUGAGACUAGCGAGUUGAUUCAUGUCAUGACCGGCAAGAAUGUGAGGAUGCUUCACUCGAGCACUCGAGAGAUAUUGUACGCUUAUGAAGACGAGAGUGGCGAAGACGUGAUUGCUAGCCUUGAUUUCUGGACCCAAGCUCAGGUUUGACGGUAGCCAGACGGGAAUUUGUUCCUUUUGCUUUGCGAGGCGAAGGUAGAGCUGGUUUGGAGUCAAACGUCCACAUUGGAAUGCGAUGUGAACGGUAAUAAGCAUGUUCUUGUCUGCACGACAUCAAGAGCGAAACGAGAUGAAGAUAUGUUCUUUGCUACUAACAACAAUUGACGCUGGGGACGUCGGAUGGCGAGGCGAUGGGACCUAAAUCUUCGAACUGGGUCCGUUGAGAUGGGCUCGAGAUCUAGAUAUUGUUCUUUCAGAUUCGGAGAAAUCAAAGAUUGAACCUUUUCUACCG